ACUACCUCAGUGCCUCGAGAGACGUCGGAGAGGUAGGGUGUGUGUACGUGUGUUCCGUCAGUGCCAUUAAUGAAACUAAGUGAAAGAAAGUGGGUAACGAAGAAGGAAUAAGAUAAAUAAUGGAGAAAGUGAAGAUUUAAGAUAAAAAUGGAAAUAGUUCACGUGUAUUUGUGCGUGUUUUGAGUAAUGGUUUGCGAAAAGAGGAAGAGAGGAGGAGGAAGAAGAAGAAGAAGAGGAGGAGGAGGAGGAGGGAGGGAGUGACAGAAGGAAGAACAGGAGGAGGAAGAGGAAAGAAAAGGAAGAAUAAACUUAAUAAGGAAGAAAAAAUAGAAAAAGAAGACAAAGAAAAAACAAGAGAGAGAGAGAGAGAGAGAGAGAGAGAGAGAGAGAGAGAGAGAGAGAUUGACAGGAAACAGAAAAUUGAGAGAGGACAGUGACAACCCUCAUUCUCUCCCUAACACGCUCACUCUCUCUCACUGAACUAGCUCACUUUCAACACCCGCUCACUCUCUCUCAGUGAACUAGCUCACUUUCAACACCCGCUCACUCUCUCUCACUCACGAUGAUUCUCAGUAAAGAUUUGCAGGAGAUUCUGGAAGGUGUGCAUUACUUCCUGGCGGAGGCGCUGACGAGGGAGAGCCUAAGUGGGAGAGCAGAAUGCCUACGCCGUGGAUUGGUGCUGCAGUUAGAGGCGCUGACAGGGGCCUAUCCCACCCUGAGGAUCUGCCCCGCCCCCCAAGGGACUCCCAGGGGCGGGGGCGUGGCCAAAGGGGGCUCCUCGUCUGCCUCCCUGCCCUAUCUCCCCAUGGAUCAGCUCCCCGUCAGGUCUUCAGGCCCCCCUACCACUACCACCACCACCAGCACCACUUACAGCAGCAGCAGCAGUGGCGUGAACAGCAGCAGCAGCAGUAACAGCGGCAGCAGCGGAGACGGCCAGCGGAUAGGGCCCGGCGCCCCCUUUAUCGAGGAGGGGGCGGGGGGCAGUCGGAGGAGGUCUAUGAAGAGUUUGAUGAUUAUAAAGAUGAGGGAGUGGAGAUCAAGCCGGAGAAAGGAGGAGGAGGAGGAGGAGGAGGAGGAGGAGGAGAGGAGGCGGAGGAGAAGGAGGAGGAGGACGGAGUAUACACGGAAACUCACGAGCCAAUCCCGUUUUCUUCGUUAAUUGCCACGUGUGAGAAGCAUGGCGCCCUUGGGAAGAAAACGAAAGGGUUACUGCGCAAUAUUAAGAGCUACCUGUGUGUGGUGGCCGGUGGAAUGCUGUACCUGUAUGUUAAGGACACGGAUGACAGGCAGAAGAAGAGCAUCGACUUGGCAGGGUACACGGCGCGCUCUGCAACGGGAGAAGAAAUUAAAGACACCAAGAAGAAGGAUGCUGCUUUUGAAAUUGUGUGUCCUGGCCGGAAGACGCAUACUUUCAUCGCACGCACAGCAAAAGACAAAAAUGAAUGGCUGGAUGCACUUUCAAGAACAAUACGAGGAGGAAAGCCGCGCCCCUUUUCCUCGCCCUCCCACGCCCCUCUCAGCACCCCCCUGUCGCCCAUGCACAUCUCCCUACCUCUCAAGCCCCCUCUGCUCCCGCCCCGCCCCCCACGGCCUUCACAACCCAGCAGGAGGAAGAGUACUGUCUGUAUAAUGAUGUAGAGGAAGAGGAGCUUUACGAGGAAAUUCAAGGGGAAGAGCAGGGGGGUGGUCUGCCCCUCCCCCCUCCUCCUGCCUCCCUGCUCUCCCCCUCCCCUACUCCUCACGCACCCCCCUACCUCUCCACCGCCACCACCACCACCACCUCCCAGCCAGCCUACGACCCGGUGGAGUCUGAGCCCCUCCCCACACCAGGCACCAUCCCCCCCAGACCCCCUCCUCCAUCCAGGCCGCCGCUGCCGACACACACACAGACAGACACGCAGCAGAAGCCAGGAGAAGAUUCGGAUGACUCUCAAGACAUUUACUGCGAAAUUGAGGAGGAGGAUCUUGAAAAUGCCCGCAAGGCUUACUCUGAGGAGUCGGGGGCAGCGGACAGGACCAGCAGGAUAUCCAACAUCCCCAUGGGUCCCUUCAAGGUCCCGAUGGGUGGCCUGGGGUCCCUCAGUAAGGAGAUAUUCAAGAGUUUAGAUGCCACAACCAUAACAAGACCACAAGCUGAUUCCCAGGGUGGACCACCAGCCGGCCCUCCGAGGCUUCCCCCAAGGGUGUGGUGGCCCCGGAGGCCGAGGAGUCGGAGUACAAGGUGCCGCAGAACUCAGACACAGAGUACCACGUCCCGUCCUCCAUGCCGGUCAGCGCUGAGGCCACCAAGGCACCGGGCAACAAGAUAUCAGGCCCCCUCCCUUUACCAAACAUGCUUGGAGUCUCUCAGGCGCCAACCAUCCUCCCGAUCAAACCAGUGGAGCGACGGAACUCAGUGGCGGAGGACAAGAAGGCCGGGGUGUCCUCCUUCCGCACCGGCGACCAGGACCUGACCCGCGGCCCGAAGGCUGCAAAAGGGACGUCCGUUCGAGACAUGAUCGCCAGACUGAACCAGAGGAAGCAGGAGAAUGAUGACCCGAAAGAGGAGGAUGAGGAGAAAAUCACCACAAGUACCUCCAAUGCCUCCUCCAGUCCCUCCUCCAUUUCCUCCACUCCCUCCAACCCCCCACUAUCCCUCCCCAAGCAGAAUCUCAAGCCAUAUAAGCCUCCACUCCCCUCUCGCCCGCAGAAUAUGCGAGCAGGAGGGAGUGUGUCACCAAAUCCAUCUAAAGAGAAAGGAGUGGAGGAGGAGGAGGAGAAGAAGAAGAAGGAGGAGGAGGAGGAGAAGAAGGAGGAGGAGGAAGAGGAGGAGGAGAUAUAUGAUGUCCUAGAUGAUGAUGAUGAUGCCUCCCCACAGCAGCAAGCUGAGUGGUACGUGGCUAAAUUCGCUUUUGUGGCCACGCUGGACCAGGCACUAAGCUUUGGACGAGGAGAUGAAAUUCUUGUGUAUGAUACUUCAGGAACGUCUGGCUGGUGGCGUGCGACCUUGAGAGGCAGGAACGGUCUUGUACCGCGGGAGUACCUCAAGAAGAAGGAAUGAAAGAGGAGGAGGAAGAUGUAAAGGUGAAAUAAAGAUGAAUAAUUGUGUUUAUUGGUAAAGGAGGAAGAGAAGGAGACGUGAAGGGGUGAAUGAAGGGUGAUAAUAAUGAUAAUAAUAAUAAAAAAGGAAAUUUAGAAGAGAAAGAACAAGAGAAUAAUUGUGUUUAUUGGUAAAGGAGGAAGAGAAGGAGACGUGAAGGGGUGAAUGAAGGGUGAUAAUAAUGAUAAUAAUAAUAAAAAAGGAUAUUUAGAAGAGGAAGAACAAGAGGUAAAGGUGGAAUAAAGAGAAGUAUUUGGUGUUUAAGAGUGAAGGAGGAGGAGAUGAAGGAAGGAUGAUAAGUGGAAGGGAAGGAAUGAGAGAGUGAAGAUGAGGAGGAGGAGGAGGAAGAGCAAUAACUGACGGGGAGAGAAAGAGAACUGAAUGAAAGAGGAGAAAGCAGUGAAAAGUUAAUAAAGAGGAAUAAUAAAGUGAAGGAGGAAGAGAAGGGAGAAAAUUAGUAAAGGAGAUAAAGAGAAAGACUAAGAGAGUUUAGGAAAGAAUGAAGAAGAGGAAUGAAGAAAGAAGAGGAGAAGGAAGAGAACAAGAAACAGAAGAGGAAGAAUUUAAAGAAAAGGAGAGAAAGGAAGGGAAUGAAGAGGAGAAAGAGGAAGAAAAGACAAAAAAGAAGAAUUGGAGGAGGAGGAAGGAGAGAAAAAAAAACAAGGUAAUAUGAAAGAGGAAGAACAAUAAUAACAAUAAAGAAGAGGAGGAGGAGUAGAAGGAAAAGAAGAAGAAUACAAGGAAAUAAAAAGAAGAGAAAACAGAAUAAAGAAGAAGGAAGAGGAGGAAUAAGAAGGACAAGAAGAAAAUGAAGAGGAAGACAAGGAAGAGGAAAGGAACGAGGGAGGAGGAGGAGGAAGAUUAACAGCAACACGAAGGAAGAAGAGGAAAGGGAGAUAGGAGCAAGAAGAAAAAUAAAGGAAGAACAAGAGAGAAAAUUGAAAAUGAAACAAAAAAGGAGAAAAGGAAAAGAUGAUAAUUGUUGUAAGGAGAAAAUAAAUAGAUAAAGAUAAAUUAAUAACAGUUGAUAAAAGAGGAGAAAUAGAUAAUAAGAUAAAUGAUAAUGAAUAUAAUAAUAAUAAUAAUAAUAAAAUCAAACCAAGUGCCAUUAAAUUAUUAUUAUUAUUAUUAUUAUUAUUAUUAUUGUUUUUUUUAAGUAAUCCAAAGAAAUUACAUGUUUUUAAGUAAUUUUAUAAAACUAUAAGUGUAUGUGUGUGUGUGUGUGUGUGUGUUAACGAAAGGUGUUCAUUGCCCAAAGUUAAAAAAAAUACUCUUAAGAAAUUAUUAUUAUUAUUAUUAUUAUUAUUAUUAUUAUUAUUAUUAUUAUUAUUAUUAUUAUUAUUAUUAUUAUUAUUAUUAUUAUUCCUAAGUCAUCAUGUUUUUUCUAAGUCAUUUCUUUCUCCAAGUCAUUAUAUAGAAUCUGACUGACAGAGAGAGAGAGAGAGAGAGAGAGAGAGAGAGAGAGAGAGAGAGAGAGAGAGAGAGAGAGUAAUUUUAAUCUCAAUGCUGUCACCAAAUGUAUUAUAAUGUGUGUGUGUGUGUGUGUGUGUGUGUGUGUGUGUGUGUGUGUGUGUGUGUGUGUGUGUGUGUGUGUGUGUGUGUGUGUGUGUGUGUGUGUGUGUGUGUGUGUGUGUGUUCUGGUCUCGUGCUAGUCUUGAACACCAAAAAAAUAUAUAACGAUUUUUUACCAAGAUGUUGAAUUUCAUUAUUAUUUCACUGAGGAAGUCAAAACAAUGAUGGACAAUGAAUAAGCGAACUACCACUACUGUUAUGAUAGUAAUAAUAGUAACAGUAGUACGGAAAAUUCAUACUAUUUCAAAUGGUGCUUAAUAAUUGAAAUACAUACAUUUUUAGACACUUGAUUCAGUAUUAAUGUAACUUUUUUUUAUUUUAUUUUAUAUAUAUAUAGUCUAAUGAAUGCUUGUUAGGUGCUUCAUUAUAUUUUUUUUUUCUUUACGUAUUUUGCUGUGCGAAAAAUAUAAUAUUGAUUUUUUUUUUGUUUAUUUUUAUUUAUUUUUUUUUUUUGUGUGGUCUUAAGAAAAUAAUGAUCUGUGAAAACGUGCACAUAUAAUAUUUUGUCAUGUUUCUUUUUUUUUUUUUUUUUUUUACCAUAUAAGUUUGAAAUUAAGGAAAUGAAGCAACGAACUUAUAUGGUUGCAAGGAAAUAAAUGGUGAUGGUAACAAUACUCGGAGGAGUGACAAAGGAAAAUGCGCAAACAGUGCCUUUUUUAAUAGUACAAUUUUAUAAAUGUUUCAAAUUAAGGAAAUUACAAUCAACAAGCUUGCGUGGUUGUAGCGAAGAAAACCUUUAGAAAAUAACACAAAAUAUGACAGAACAAAAUGUGCAAGUAGUGUGUUUUUGGAUAUUACGUUUAUUUCUUGAAUUAACUUGAAAAAAAAAAGUCAGAUUCCGUGGUUGUAAUGAAAAAAAAAAAAAAAGAAAAGAAAAA